AUAAGGAUCUUGGUUUAAAUGAUAUAUAUAGUCACAUUACUACUGCUAUAAUGAAAUGGCGGCGAAAGAAAUAUUAGGUUUGAUUCUUCUUGUUCUGAGGGUAAAUGAAAUCCAAUCGAGAAGCAAUGUAGAUGGCUAUGUGAAACUUCAAGUACCGAUGAAGGAUGUCGCCUACGAUAAGGCCGUGUUCGGAAAGCAAGAACUGGUAGAUAUUGAGCGGAGACUGAGAGUAUUGGAAUCAGAUAACAGUCGCCUGUUGUUGGAAAAUCAGAAAAUUCAGAUGACGAAUAUGGAAUUGAAACGAGAUGUGCGAAAGGUUAGGACCAAACACCAUGAGAUACAAAAACAAUUCCGACGUCUCGCGAUAGAAAACUAUAAUUGUAUGCAGGUUAUUGGGGACAUGAAAUCAAGGGUGCAAUUGUUAUGGGAGGAAAAACAGAAGACAGACACAAAAUGGACACAGAAAGUCAACAAUCAAGAAUCAAAAGACUUCCAGACGAGGAGUAGAAAUGUCACGAAACUUAAAAAGACUGGAAACACCGCAAAGGAAGAAACAUCUGAUUUUACAAACAGUUCAGUUGGUGUCCCUAUAUAUCUGGGGUCCGUCAUGGGUCAGUCUGAAGAAAUCCUUCCAGUCAUCCAUGACGAAUUGUCUAAAUUCCCUGAGGAGUUCAACACCAAGAUGCAACCGGACGUGGUCACGGAAUAAGAAUAGAUAAGUAGCAACCACAGCUGGCGUCGCCUUUCACACACGACUAUCAGCACAUUUUACCGACCCGGUGGACAACCAGCCGAUCAUCAUGACAGACAUUCUCACGAACGAAGGUGCUGCAUUCGACAGUUCGACCGGCCAGUUCAUCUGCCCAGUAACUGGUGUGUAUGUUUUCUUUUUCACGGCUGUGUCCUUCCAUGAUAAGCACAUCGAAAUCAGUCUCGUAAAAAACGGACAGACCAUUGGAAGUUUAGUGAGUGGUAAUUCUGGUUAUUGGGGGUCCGCCUCCAACGUGGUAAUCGUCAAUGCACAGGAACGGGAUUACAUCUGGCCUAAAGUCAACGAUCAAUAUCAUGGCACCGGAUCGCUUUUAGAUCAUUAUUUCACUACCUUUUCCGGAUUUCUACUUUACAGAAGUUAAAUGAAUGAUUUGAAUAUUAUCAUUUGGAUGGUUCUUAUUAAAUAGAAGUUAUCUUCACUGUGUUAAAUCACAUUUUGCGAGUAGAUUUUAUUUGAAAAUAGCUCAACCUAACUUAAUGUAAAUCAUGAACGGUCACAUUCAUUAUCAGAAAACUUCCUCGUUACCAGUGUCAUACAUUUUCCAUUCAUUGUAUAUGUUAUA